AUGGCAGGCCCACCGAAUAAGAAGCAGAAAAGGGAGGAUUAUAGAACUGCGAGAGAAAAUGGCGAGGAGAGUAAGGAAUUACCAAAGAAGAAGUUCUACAGACAGAGAGCGCAUGCGAAUCCUUUCUCGGACCAUCGUCUGGCAUAUCCCGCUUCCCCAGCUCAGAUGGAUUGGGCUUCGCAUUACCCCGCCUAUGCAGAGCCCGCAACGGCUUCUGAAGGAACAGAGGAACCUUCAACUGGUGCAGACUCUAGCAAUCUCAAGAAGAUGAAGCAAGAUGUUGAAGUUGCAGACAUCGGUUGUGGAUUUGGUGGUUUGACAGUAGCUUUAGCUCCCAAAUUGCCAAAUUCUUUAAUUCUUGGUAUGGAGAUUCGAGCACAAGUCACAGAAUAUGUACAAGAACGAAUUAAAGCUUUGAGAGUUCAAGAGAAGGAAUCUGGUCUAUUUCAAAAUGCUUCAUGCAUACGAGCCAAUACCAUGAAAUUCAUGCCCAAUUUCUUCAAAAAACAUCAACUUUCAAAGAUUUUUCUUUGCUUUCCAGAUCCUCAUUUCAAAGCACGAAAGCAUAAGGCCAGAAUUGUAUCGACCACAUUAGCCGCUGAGUAUGCUUAUGUAGUUCGGCCGGGAGGAAUCAUAUAUACUAUCACGGACGUUGAAGACCUUCAUAAUUGGAUGGUUACACAUUUCAAUGCACAUCCUACUUUUGAGCGCGUUGCAGAAGAGGAGCAAGAAGCAGAUGAAUGUGUCAAUAUAAUGAGAACGGAGACUGAAGAAGGAAAGAAGGUCACGAGGAAUAACGGACCAAAAUUUGUUGCAUUAUUCAAGCGGUUGGAAGAUCCUCCUUGGUAA